UACCCCCGCCCUCGGGAGCGGAAAGAGCGUGAGAGCCCCUGCGGCCUCAGAAGACCCGGAAGCAGUUGUGAGCAACGCGGAAGAGUUCUAUUCAGGUGGUCUCCCCGGCGCACUGUCUCAGAUACUAUACGAGUGAGGACGGAAUCGUGAUUGUCCAGUUUCCUAGUACUGAAACUUCAUAACACAAUGACUCAAGCAGAAAUUAAAUUAUGUUCUUUGCUGCUCCAAGAACAUUUUGGAGAGAUAGUGGAUAAAAUCGGAACUCAUCUCAUCAGAACAGGCAGCCAACCAUUGAGAGCAAUUGUUCAUGACACAGGGACAUCACUAGAUCAGGUGAAAAAAGCCCUGUGUGUCCUUAUCCAACAUAACCUGGUGACAUACCAGAUACACAAACGGGGCAUUGUGGAAUAUGAAGCCCACUGCAGCCGUAUUCUGCGCAUCCUGAGGUAUCCCCGCUAUAUCUACACAGCCAAGACUUUGUACAGUGACACGGGAGAGCUGAUCGUGGAGGAACUCCUGCUCAAUGGGAAGAUGACCAUGUCGGCCGUGGUAAAGAAGGUAGCAGACCGACUCACGGAGACCAUGGAGGAUGGGAAAACCAUGGACUAUGCAGAGGUAUCCAGCACAUUUUGCCGUUUAGCAGACACACACUUUGUACAGCGAUGCCCCCUCGUUCCUGAUCCCCCAGAAAGUGCUGAGGCUCAGCCACCACCACCUGCCCCAACACUUAGCAUCAAUGAGAAGGACAUGUACCUGGUCCCCAAACUAAACCUUAUAGGAAAAGGAAAGAGGAGACGAUCAUCUGAUGACGAUGCAGCCGGAGAACCUAGGCCCAAGCGGCCCAAACAAACAGCAGAGAGCAAAGAGCCAAUUCCAGAUGAUGGCAUUUACUGGCAGGCCAACCUUGAUAGAUUCCACCAGCAUUUCCGAGACCAGUCUAUUGUGAGCGCAGUAGCCAAUAGAAUGGAUCAGACCAGCAGCGAGAUUGUCCGGACCAUGCUGCGAAUGAGCGAAAUCACCACUUCCUCUGGUGCUCCCUUCACUCAACCCCUGUCUUCAAAUGAGAUCUUCAGAUCUCUCCCUGUUGGAUAUAAUAUCUCAAAGCAAGUUCUUGAUCAGUAUCUGACUCUUCUGGCAGAUGACCCACUGGAGUUUGUUGGGAAGUCGGGUGACAGCGGUGGAGGAAUGUAUGUCAUCAAUCUCCACAAGGCAUUGGCAUCCCUAGCUAUGGCAACGCUGGAGUCCAUUGUGCAAGAAAGGUUUGGAUCUCGCUGUGCCAGGAUAUUCCGGCUCGUUUUGCGGAAAAAGCACCUGGAGCAGAAACAGGUGGAAGAUUUUGCCAUGAUUCCUGCUAAAGAAGCCAAGGACAUGCUGUAUAAGUUGCUGUCUGAAAACCUUAUCUCCUUACAGGAAAUCCCCAAGACGCCGGACCACGCGCCUUCCCGGACCUUCUACCUGUAUACGGUGAACUCGCUGUCUGCUGCCCGGAUGCUGCUGCGCCGCUGCUACAAGAGCAUUGCCAACUUGAUCGAAAGGCGGCAGUUUGAGACCAGAGAGAACAAGCGACUGCUGGAGAAGUCUCAGCGGGUAGAAGCCAUCCUUGCCUCCAUGCAGGCCACAGGAGCCGAGGAGGCCCAGCUCCAGGAGAUCGAGGAGAUGAUCACGGCGCCUGAACGCCAGCAGCUGGAGAGUCUGAAACGCAACGUCAACAAGUUGGAUGCCAGUGAGAUCCAAGUGGAUGAAACCAUCUUUGUGCUGGAGUCCUACGCAGAGAGCACCAUGAAAAGAUCCUGACCCAAAGGGGAGUCUUCCAGGGGAGCAUGGGGAAGGAUAGAAGGACAUGGGGUCAUCCUUGUAGGACAUGGACGUGGUGUGUUAUGUCACAUUCAUUAUUCCCCAGACAGCAAAGGCUGCCUCCCCUCUGUCAGAUAGAAAGGCGGCACCUUCAGUGUGGGCCCCUGGGAACCAUGGCUGGUAGAGACUGUCGCCUGCCCCCUGGGCGCCCGGCCAUUGCUGCCACCUGCUGCCACCUGCUCCCUGGUGUUGGGAGGAGCGCAGUUGCCUCUCCCUGAGUUAGCUUAUCUUCACCAGGUGCCACAUGCGUGCCCCCAGCUCCACAAAUGCCCCAGCUGCCUCGGAGUGCUGUGCAGUGAGGUAGCUCUCCACAUCUCUUUCUGCAUCAUCCAUAAUGGAAUAAAUCCUGCUCCAUGCUGCUUUCGUUCCUGGCCAGCAGCUGGAUGGCAUAAUGGUUAGGGUGCUGGACUUGGAAUCAACAAAAUCUGAUUUCAGAUGCUGCCUCAGAAGUUAGCUGUGCCAUCCUGGCUAAGUAAUUAAUUACUUUUCCCAUCUGUAAAAUGGGGGUACCAGUAGGUUCUACCUGAUAGUUGUGAGAAUCAAAUGAGAUAAUAGCUACAAAGUGCUUUGGCAAACAUGAAGUGCUAUGGAAACCUUCGAUAAUGGGAUGUCUCUAAGACUUGUAUCUGGAUCCUAAAAGUGAAGGACCAGAGGCUCUCAAUGGGGAUGGAAAAAGUUCUGCAGAGGUGAGCCCCAGGAUUGGCAUGGGGGGGUGGGGGAGGGGAAGAGAGAGGGGGAGGAGCAGUCUUUUCAGAGGAAGGACCUGCUAAAGUCCCAACCUCCUUUAGGAAAUUUUUGCUCAUCCUCUAAUUCUAGGAACUUCCCUCUGUUCAUUAUUUCCCAUUUAUCCCCUCUAUAGUUUAUUCAUGAAGCUUUUGCAUGUUGUCUCCCUUAAAGUCAGCACCACUCUCUCCCCCUUUGCUGACUGUUUUAUUUUGCUUCCUUGUCUCCACGGUUUUGCUCAGAACCUGGCACAUAGUAAGUGCUUAAUAAAUAUCUAUUGACUAAAGGGUUUUCCAAGUACAAUUAGGUACAGAAAGGUAUGGGCAAAAGAUAAGACAUCAAAGGAAUAGGACUGGAUCGAGAAUACAAAAGCUUCUGCUUGGCACCCUUCAGUUCACAAUAAAAGUUGGAUCCCAUUUUCUUCAUGAAACAAAAA